AUGAACCAGUCAAAGAACGAGCAGUUGAUUUCAUGCCCUGUCUGUAACUUCAAGAUCAAAUACCAUGUCAUCAACGAGCACCUCGACAAAUGCACUGCCCGUAAAAAUGGUGCUGGGAAAGGACCAACUUUGAACAGUUUGUUACGAAACAAACGGAAACAACCUGAGUCUGAAGAUAUAGAAAUCAUAGAUCCGUCUCCUGUGGACAACAUCAAACGAGCGAAGCCUGAGACUCGUUCGCCCGAAAAGCGUCCAGAGCUUGAAAGGAAGCCACUGGUUGAUAAUAGCGAUGAUGUCAAGCAACUGCAGAAAAUAAUACACCAGCCGUUAAGCGAAAAGCUGCGACCCAAGGAACUGAGUGAGUACGUAGGUCAGCAGCAUUUGAUAUCCAGUGAAUCGGGUACUCUUUAUAACUAUGUGAAGGAAGGUACGAUUCCUUCGAUGAUUCUAUGGGGACCACCUGGAGUGGGUAAAACGACAUUGGCGAGAUUAUUGACCAGGACAGUGAACACCAAAUUUCCUCACGGAGUAACGUACACGCUCGUCCAAACCAGUGCCACCAAGGCCACAACGCAAGAGCUUCGAAAAGUGUUUGAAAACUCCAAACGUGAAUUUACGCUCACCAAGAGACUUACUGUACUUUUCAUUGACGAAAUUCAUCGGUUUAACAAGGGUCAACAAGACAUACUGCUUCCGCACGUUGAGGCUGGUGAUGUGGUACUUAUAGGAGCCACCACGGAAAAUCCGAGUUUUCAACUCAACAAUGCAUUGAUGAGCAGAUGUCAGAUUUUUGUUCUCACAAAGCUCAACAACGCAGAGAUGUGUAUGGUUCUCUCGCGUGGAGUCAGUAUGCUGAAUAAAUGCCGACACUUGGUGUGGAAAGUGGGGCAUCCAUUGCGAUUGAGUAAAGAGGUUCUCAAUUUCGUCGUAGACAUUUCCAUGGGAGAUACGCGGCGAGCACUCAAUCUUUUAGAGAUGAUCGAAGUAUCCACAAGAGAUAAUCAGCGUGAGCUCGAUGAGAAGGCUGUCAGAGAAAUUAUCCAGGGUAAGUCCUCUGAAUUGCGGACAUAUUACGAUAGACAAGGCGAGAACCAUUACGAUACAAUAUCUGCUUUUCACAAGUCCAUUCGCGGAAGUGAUGAAAAUGCUACUAUCUAUUAUCUGGCACGUAUGCUUCAAGGUGGAGAAGAUCCUCUUUACAUUGCUCGCCGCAUGAUACGAAUCGCAUCUGAAGACAUUGGUGUGUUGGACCACACGUUGUUGCCGCUAGCGGUAGCCGCACAUGAUGCGGUUAUGAAAGUUGGAUUACCAGAGGCUGACUUAGCAUUAGCACAAUGUGCAGUAGCGUUGGCUAGAGCACCAAAAUCAGUACAACUGUACCGUGCCUGGAAAACGGUGAAUGCCAAGCUUCAGGAAAAUCAAAAUUCAUUUGGUAGCUGCGGUAUUCCAAUGCACCUGCGUAACGCUCCUACCAAACUCAUGUCAGAAUUGGGUUAUGCCCGGGACUAUAAAUACAAUCCCGAUUUCAAGGACGGCAAGGUUGCACAACAAUACUUUCCUGUCGAAAUUAUGGAAAAAUGUGGUGAUGAGCAGGAAAUUCAGUUUAUGAAUGGCGCACAUCUUGGCGAAAAGAGCGACCCUGAUCUCUGA